UAUGAAAACCCAUCGCGGCGCGGUCGUCAUCGUCGUCGCCGUGCGAGCUGCUAAAAGUAGUUGCCGUUCGAGUUCAGGUUUUAACGGUCUGGCCGGUUGAGAUCGGUGUCGUCGCGCCGCGAUCUCAUUUCAAUAAUAGCCGUCCGACAUCCGUCAACCGGCAACGACAUGGUUGUCAGUAAGGACAAUGACAACGGUAGGGUUAAGGAGUUCGAGUUUGCCAAAACGCCUGAGCUAACGAAAUGGGAGGCCUUUAAGAAGGCCAUCUACGAUCCCCGUACCCAUCAGUUCCUGGGCAGGACCGGAAAGAGUUGGGGUCAGUUGUUCGUUUUUUACGCCUUGUUUUACGCGGUCCUCGCGGCCCUGUUUGCGAUUUGCAUGCAGGGAUUGUUCGCGACGUUGAGCGACAAGGAGCCCAAGUGGACGUUGGACAGCAGCCUGAUCGGUAACAAUCCGGGACUGGGGUUCAGGCCGAUUUCCGAUAGGACCGAGGAGGGUUCGUUGAUAUGGUACAACACGACGAAUCAAACCCAGAUUCAAAGGUGGGUAAACUAUGUAGAUAGUUUCUUGGAGCUGUACAAACGAAACCAGACGGGGGAAAACUACGUCAACUGCGAUUUCGACAAGUACCCGGCCGAGGGCCAAGUGUGCGUGACAUCUGUGGACCAGUUAGGUAACUGCAAUCCGGAACGAUCUUACGGGUAUCGGACGGCAUCGCCGUGCGUAUUUUUGAAACUCAAUAGAAUAUUCAAUUGGCAACCGGAAUUCUACACCGCUCCCCAUCCGGACAUGCCGGAUGAGUUGAAGUAUCACAUCGAGAACAACACGAAAUCAAAGGAGAGGCAACAGAUUUGGGUAUCGUGUUUGGGCAAAGAUGACGUCGAUAAAGAAAAAACCGCCGAUUUUAAUUACUACCCCCACGGGUUUCCCGGUUAUUACUACCCUUACAAAAAUGACAAGAAUUACUUAAGCCCGAUAGUCGCGGUGGAGUUGCGUAACUUGACCCCCAACACGAUAGUAAGCAUAGAGUGUCGAGCGUGGGCCAAAAACAUCCGCUACAGCGGAAGUGCCCUAGACAGGGCCGGGUCGGUCACUUUUGAGGUGCAAAUAGACACGGCGACCUCUUGAAUUCGCCCUUAAAAAGAAAACACACGCCUUGUACUUAUUUAGUUUGUAGUCGUUCUGUUGUGGUUAUUAUACUUAAAAUUAUUCGACGGUUGUGUUCUACGCUUGAUGUGAUGGCAUUUUUAGUUUUUAUUACGCGCGAACAGAUUUAAUUUAUUUUAGCGAAUAUUUUUAGAGUGCGGUUUUCGCUAACGCCAAGUUGCCCGUAUAUUCCUAGACAAUUAGCAGUGUGUUAAUUAUCGUCAAUGUCGUGUGCCUUCCCCGUGCCUCGUUCGAAAAGCCGUAAAUUUAACCUAUAAAAACUGAUUGCUUAAACAUUUUUUUCUCCACCUAUAUAGGAGGUGGACUGUUGUUUUGUUCUUGUGUCGAUUUAUUUUAGUUAAUGCUUUACUAAGUAUAGAUAGAGUUUCGUUAAGUUGCGCAACGUGAUUUGGAGAACUUUCGCGUAACGCGGCAACAUCGCCUUAACCUAAGCAAAUUCCAAUGUCUACUUCCUCAAGUAUCCGCCUUAUCUUUUAUCGAUGAUUUUAAUAUUUACGACGAUAUUUGUGCCAACACCAUAAUUUCAAAGCGAUUGUGCCAAUUGCUGAUUAAACUUAUCCAUAUCUAAAAAUUAUUGUAAUGUAUACGAACCAGUUACAUACAGAUUGCGUAUUUUUAUAAUUUCAGUAACUGGUGUCUGUAGGGAUACCGUUUACAUUCAUUAUUAAGAAAUUCAUUGGUCAGGUAGUUAUUUCGUUUUUAUUUUACUCGAAAUAAUAGCAAAACAAGACCAAACUGGUUUUCAACAUAAUUUAAAAAAAAAACGCAUUUUGCGUGUAGAUUUAUAGCAAAUUUCUUGGAAAUUGUACAUCCCACUGAGAUCAGUAGGACCUACGGUACGCUAAGAUCAUCCAGAUAAGCCGGGCGAUAAAAUUUUGAAUUAUUGCUUCCAAAGUUAAAUAACUUUGAUUGAUUUCGUAUUUAUCCUACCUAAAUAGGUAGGAUAAAUACGAAAUCAAUACUACACUGUUAAUAAUUUGAAGCGCUUUCGUAUCCACAUGGCUGACAUAAAAAUUUGUAUAUUGCCGAAUUCCCAGAAAAUACGUUUGCUGCUCGGUUCAUCCAAAAAAGCCGAACAAGACGAUCUUAAUAAUACUCAACUCACGCUUUUAAUCGUUGAACAAAACUUUUCCACGGGUGAUUUUGACUACAUUAGUGAACACAAAAGAAGUUAAAAUAAAUUAGUUAAAUACAGGGAACCAAUAAAUUUUUUUUGAAGAACUAUAAAAUCGAUUAUUAUUUAUAUUUAUAAUAUUCAGAGAUAUAUUUUUAACCAGUUAAAAUUCGGUCAGUACAUUAUGCAUAACUUAACUCAAUACAAUUAUAAAAUUCAACCGCCCUGAUAUCUAAAUUGAUCGAAGUUAAUAAAAUUAAGGAAUCACUUGGUGCCUCAUUUACUGAAACGCAAUAAGUGCCUACUAAAAAAAUUUUCAUGUUCUUUUCCUACGAGUUCUUCCUAAUUGCCUUCCAGUUUUGUAUUGGCCGACAAUUUUAUUCCUGUUUAUAACGGUUGUAAUGUGUAGCCUUCUUAGUUUGUACCCAACUUAUAAUGAUAAUUUGUUUCGUUGUUUGAUAUGUUUAGAUUAAAAAUAUCCUUAUUUCUUAUAUUCCCAUUUUUUUGUCAAACCGUCUAACCGUUGUUAUUACGCUUCCAUUCUAAGUGUUGCGAUUUUUGUAACCACCAUUGUGUAUUUGUACAGUGGUGAUGUGCCACACACUGACCUAGAAAAAUGUGCAAAUAAAUUAUUUUUCCACUGUG